AUCUCAUAUAAUGAUAUAUCACCAUCCAACUUGUAAAGUUUUAACUUUAUUUAUCAAAAACAAAACGUCGCCAAAAACUAAUUAACGAGUUAUAUAUAGACGUGGCUAAAAAAGGAAAGUUAUAUAUAGAGUUAUAGAGUCAAGGGCAUGCAACUUUUUAAUACCUCGAGUUUUUAGUUAAGAAACAAGUCUCUUGUUUUCUAAAAGAAAAGAAGAGACUUUGAGACGUUCUACGUUUUGGGGAACAGAUGGAGAAGAAGGUGGCUUUGGUGUUGUCGUUGAUGUUGCUUAUGUCUAUGAACUCGGUGUUGGUUUCUGCUGAGGAAGCACCAACGGUUGGACAGAGGAUAGACGCAGCCACGAACGAUGUUGCCAAGUUCUUCAAUGAACAUGCCGGUCCUGCCGUCUCCUCCGUCUCCUCCACUGCCAAAUCCGUCUAUAACUGGUUUGGUGAUAAAGCUAAGGAAUGGGGCCUCUAAAAGAUCCGUACAUGAGUUGGGACUUGGGACUGGAAACAUUUCAUGAAUAAGAAUUUGAUCUCUAUGUACUACUUUAGUUAAAAUGAACAUUAAAACUAAGAGAAUCAUUAUUCUAUGUUUGUCUUCUAAGUUCAAAUAACUGCACACAAAUAGAAUCGUUCACAUAUACCAUCUUACAUAUGCAUGAAAGAUGGGCUAACGUGGGAACUCCAAACACAAGGUCCAAGAACAGCCAUGAGGCCCAAUUAUAUAUCUCUCUAGGUGCAACUAUUAUAUGAAUAGAAACAAAGAAAAAACAAUUCACUAAAGUGGAAGGAAAAAAAAA